UCGUCAUCGCCACCGCAUCCAUCUGGCUGACACAGUCGUACACCCCAUCACCCGCUCAUUUAGACCGUACUAACCACCUCGAUACAAGCGCUCGUCAUUGAGGAUGCGUUCCAAGUUUAAGGAUGAGCACCCUUUCGAGAAGCGCAAGGCUGAGGCUGAGCGGAUUCGGCUCAAGUACCCAGACAGGAUCCCGGUCAUCUGUGAGAAGGCGGACCGAACCGACAUCCCCACGAUUGACAAGAAGAAGUACCUUGUCCCUUCGGACCUCACUGUAGGACAAUUUGUCUAUGUGAUCCGCAAGCGCAUCAAGCUGGCGCCCGAAAAGGCCAUCUUCAUCUUCGUGGACGAGGUCCUGCCCGCCACAGCGGCGCUCAUGAGCGCCAUCUACGAGGAGCACAAGGACGAAGACGGCUUCCUCUACGUCAGCUAUUCGGGCGAGAACACGUUUGGGUCCGACAACUGAACCGGCUUUCUACGAGCGCCCACAGCAGCUACUAUUUUCUCUUCUCUGGUCCCGCACCUCUUUUCCCAUGCCUCGUCUUGAUCUCUGGACUUGGUCUACCUCUGACUCUCUUGCGCCUUGUAAAUUACCAGCCC